AUGGAACAGGAGCAUUACACAGUCAGUGAGAUUCUGACAGAGUCAGAAGUAUCAGCGCCGUUCCUGGUCGAUUCUGCGAGUCCCGAUGGCCGCGGGGAGAAAUGGAAGCCUGGCCCGGGCUUUAUCUGGAUUGAAAUCGGUAGGAACAAGAACGAACGGGGCGCAGUGGCCAUCUUCUCCAACGUGUUUCUGUCCGGCUUCGACGGCACCAUCACGGCCUCGACCUACGCCGUCAUCGGCUCCGAGUUCCACGCCGCCAACACCAUUUCCUGGCUGACGACCUCCUACCUGAUCACCAGCACCGCCUUCCAGCCGCUGUACGGCCGGUUUUCUGACAUCCUGGGCCGGCGCACGUGCUUCUUCACGGCCACCGUCACGUUUCUGCUGGGCUGUCUCGGGUGCGGGUUCGCGCCCGACAUCAUCACGCUGAACGUGAUGAGGGCCCUCACGGGCCUCGGAGGUGGGGGGCUCAUGACCAUGGCCACCAUCAUCAACUCGGACAUGAUCCCUUUCCAGGAACGGGGCAUGUACCAGGCUUGCCAGAACGUCCUGCACGGAUUUGGCUCCGUCUGUGGCGCCUCCCUGGGCGGCCUGAUCGCCGACCAUGUCGGGUGGCGGUGGUGUUUCCUCCUCCAGGUGCCUGUGUCGACGUUUGCUUUCGUGGUGGGACAUUUUGUGAUCAAGAAGAACGAAUCCGCCAAGGCGGCGGGGGAUGAAGAGGAUGUGUCGUCAGGACUGGGGAAGCUCUCGUCAAAGUGGGAGCAGAUCGAUCUCUGGGGCGCUGUUCUCUUGGUCCUUGGUCUUUCUGCGCAGCUGGGUGCCAUGACCAUGGGAGGGAACAACUACCCUUGGAGUGACAUCCGCGUCAUUGGUGCCAUGGUCUUGAGUGUGAUCCUCAUCCUCAUAUUCGUCGUGGUGGAGCUCCGCACGAAGGCAGUCCCUGUGAUGCCCAUGUCCAUGUUGCACGGGACUCUUGCCAUAUCCAAUCAGAUAAGUAAUGUCUGUGUUGGCAUGGCUGCCUACUCGUUCCUCUUUAUUAGCCCCUUGUUCUUCCAAGUUGUGCUUCGAGAUAAUCCCUCGGAAGCUGGUAUGCGUCUGGUGAUUCCUUCUCUGGCGACCCCUGCCGGAGGUGUUCUUUCUGGGAUCGUCAUGUCUCGAUGGGGUCGGCUGAGUGAGCUCGUGAGAGCCGGCUGCUUCAUCAUGAUGGUGGGGAAUGGGCUCGUUGCGUCUCUGAAGUAUCAGGACGCGUCGUGGAAGUACAUGGUAUAUCUGUUCCCCGCGAAUUUUGGCCAGGGAAUCUGCUAUCCUGCGAUUCUCUUCACCUUCCUGGCUGCGUUUGACCAUGGUUAUCAAGCCGUGUCCACCUCAACGGUGUAUCUGUUCCGCUCGAUGGGCACCGUCUGGGGGGUUGCUGCAUCCUCAACAUUGCUGCAAAAUAUCCUGGCCCAGCAACUUCCGUCGGCGCUGGGAGAAAUCCCAAAUAGAGACGAAUUGGUGGAUCAGAUCCGUCAUUCCGUGGCGGUGUUGGACCGUCUGCCACCGGACGUGCAGUCGGCGGCCAGGCAGGUGUACUACCGUGGCUUGAAAUACGCCUACAUUGCCAACACUGCCGUCGCAGCAAUCGCUUUGCUGUCGGCAUUCUUUGCCCGGGGAAAGAGCCUUCAUCGACAAUAG